CGACGACAGUUUACCAGCCUCUCAUUGGCUGAGAAAUUGAUUGGAAUCGUGGCAUUGCUGUCUUUAAAAAGCUCGACGUUUCCACUGUUCAGCAUUCAGAAUUAGUUCUCGUUUGUUUAAGACAGUCAGCUCAAGGUAACAAGAAAGAUGUACUUCACACUGUUUGUAUGUGUAACGCUGGUAGCGUUGUCGUCGGCGCAAGAUGCGACCGCUAAGCCCAAAGCGAAGAAGUCACCACCAUCGAACCACACCGUCACUGACGAGGUGGAAAUGACAUUUGAAAUCAAGAACUUCGACGGCCAAGGAGAAGACUACCAAGGAACUAUCACUAUCGGUCUGUUUGGCGAAACCGCACCCAUGACUGUUCUCAACUUCAAAGGAAUAUGCCAAGGCUUUAAAAGGGGCGGCUCCAGAGAGAAAAAACUGCACUACAAAAACACCUACUGCCAUCGUUUGGUGAAGGACAUGCUCGUACAGUGCGGUGAUGUCACAACUGGAGAUGGAACCGGAUCCAGGAGUAUCUACGGAGACCGCUUCAACGACGAGAACUUCAUCAUCAGCCACGAGAGCGCCGGCAUCGUGUCCAUGGCCAACCACGGCUCCGACACCAACGGCUCCCAGUUCUUCAUCAGCUUCACCAGGUGUCGCUACCUCGACGGCAGACAUGUCGCCUUCGGGAAGAUCGUCAAGGGAAUGGACGUUAUUGAACAGAUGAACGACAUGGGCCCAGACCAUAGCGGCGCCGCCCCCAGACACGCCAUCAAGCUCACAGAGUGCGAGAUCAAACAAGUCGAACCGUACCAGCUCAGCAGAAAGUUUAUGCAAAGUGACGAUCCCAACAAUGAGUUGUAGAAGAUAUUAAAACUAGUGUUUUUAUAAAAGGCAUUUUUGUUUUCAAACAGAAAGUUGCAUAACAUAAUUAUAGGAAGAAACAUGAAUCAUGUAUUUGUGAUAUACAGACUGUAUAGAUCAUCCAAAUAGAUCAUUAAACUUGUUAAUAUAAAUCAUUUGUAAUAAAGAGAAAAUAAAAGCAACUGCGGUCUUGCGUACUUAAAUGGGAAAAAAAAAUUGGUAUCUUCAUUAGAGUAGCCACCCCUGGUAUGCUUGUCAAUUAUUCAUCUUAAUAUAUAAUUUAUGACAUGUGACAAUGAUUUUAAAGCUGGCAUUAAACAUAAUACUUCAUAUCGAAAUUGACUUUGUUAAUCUUGAAUUAAGACACAAAUAUUUUAAGUAAUUUUAUUUCGGAUCAUGGGAAGCAAACGGAGAAUAGUUUCCUUGGUAAGUGCGGAUGUAAACCAUAUAUUUGCAAAUACAUUUCAGUUCUUAGACUCCAGACGAUUUUGAAAGUUAUUUAUUCACCAUUAAGUAGCAAUGAACAAAUGUUGUGAUGUACGAAUGAUCGCUUUUUUGUAAUAAAAUUCAUUGAAAGUGAAAA